GUUUGAACCAGCGUGAAGUGGAGGCGCAGGCUGAGAAAGCGAACGCCCAGAAGGCGGCGGCCGGUGAGCGACGUGCAGAAGUAGAGAAUGGUCGUCUCCGUGAUGAAGUGAACCGAUUACGUGCAGAGUUGCUUGAAUUAAACGACUCAAAGGUGAGCAACAGAUUUCAAUUUCCCUACUUAGUUCGCUUUCUGAAAGGGGACUGUGGGAGUCAGAUAUAUGCAGUGUGUAUAUCGGCAUCCGGUACUAGUUAUGUAGCUACACAGGAUUUUUUGUUUUCUUUUUUAAGAAUAUUCAAGUCUAUACAUGCAAUAUAA